GCAUAGGUGUGUGUCACGUCGUCGUUUUGCCCGUGUUUCAACGACGUCGUGCGGCCGAGUCGCGCAUAACUCGUUACCUUUUUUCCUCGCGCGCGUGAGUGUGUCUGUAUCGCGCUAAACGAACGCAUACAGAGUCAUUAUUAGUGCUUCUCUCUUCUCGAGGUGUGCGUGCCAAGUGCUUUUUAGCGAUAAGGAAGAAGAAACAUCCUCGUCGUCGUCGUCGUCGUCGUCGAGAGGAGAGAAAGAGGGAGAGAGCAGCGCGCGAGAGAGAGAGAGAGAGAGAGGAAGAGAGUGUGCAGUGCGCGAAAGUGAGACAUGUGAGCCUGCAGCUGCUGCAUCCUCCGACAAAGUGUCUAGGGGGAGCCUGGCAUGGAGAAGGAGAACUCCGCGACGGCUGGAAGCGGCGGCAGCGAAGUCGCGGCAGGCGCCACCUCCAGCACUGACCAUCUGCAGGCGGCGGAGCAGGCCAACUCCUUGCUAGACCCCAGUGCUCUCUUCGGUGCUUACUGGCCUCGAGGCAGCGACGCAGCGAGCUCGCUGUUCCCGGGGAUGCAGGGCGCGGGCUACCCCGGGCUAGGGGCCCACCAUCUGCCCUCGGCGUACGCGCGGCUAGGCGGAGCUGGGCCCGGCGGCUACUCGUCGGCCGCGGCCUCGCCGUACUCGCACGGGGGCCCGCUCGGCAGCCUCGGCGUCGCCGCCAGCCAGGCGGCCAGCCUCGGCAUGAACACCGCCGCCUGGUGGACCAUGGCCACUCACCUAGCCACGCAAGAUUACCUGGCCAGGCUGCAGGGCGCCGCCGCCGGUCUGCCCGCCUUCCCACCCGGUGCCGAGAGCCUUCUGCCGCCUUAUCCGCCGGCCGCUCUGCUCAACGCCCCUUCGCACGCCUCGCAUAAGUCUAGCAAGUCCAAAUCGAGCAAAAACAGUCACAAAAACUCGUCGCUGUCGUCGGCAACAACAGCAGUCGCAGCGGCGGCGGCGGCAGCUGCAGCAGCAUCAUCGGCAUCAUCGUCAACGUCGGCGGUGACGAACAACGCGAGCUCGCACUCGAGCUCGAGUCGAGCUGCCGCUAAUUCGCCGGUGAUACCCAGUAGCCAGACGCAGCAGCAAGCGACUACCACACACCAAAAUACCUCGAGUUCUACUAGCGGUAACUCGAUGACGAGCGCCAGUCAGUCGAGCAGUUCUCAGUCGAAUGUCAUUAGCAGUGACGCAAGCAGUAUUCUGGGCGGAGUAAGGCUGCCGCCCGACACCGAGAUAAUAAAAUACACGUCGAGCAUCGUAGGCCCGAAAGUGCCCGGCACAACGAAUCGCGGCCGUAAGAAGACCAUCUCGCUCGACUCGCCGGCCGUUAAUGUACACAGUCCCUUGCAACAACCACUUCCGCCACAAACAACAUCGUCCUCCUCCCAGAAACAGCAGCAGUUAAAUAAUAGCACAGCUGCUCAGCUGUUGAUGGACUCGACCAAGUACAGCCGAUCAAGGAACGAUAGCAGCGGCAACGAGUACGAGAGAAAUCGAGAUAGAGACUCGCUGGACCGAGUGGAGGUGAUAAAGUUGCCGGCUCACUCAACUAACGGCUCGGUACUCUCAGUCUCAUCUACCUACACCACGAAUAACACUACCAGCAACUCCGACGUCGAUGCACCGUUGAAUCUUUCGUUAAAACCCUUGUCCACCAGCUCUGAUUCGCCUAUUCAUGCUAGUAGUCAGCCGUUAAGUCAACUCAGCAAUCUCAGCCAGUCACUCCUCGCUUCUGAUCGGACUUCACGACGAAAGCCAGGUCCCAAACCACGAAGGGUACCUCAAAAUUCAUUACCAGGCUCGGCAAAUUCUUCGCUGGCGCAGCUAUUCGCGGCAGCAGCAGACUCGUCUCCUCAGCGUCCCGAGGAAAGUGACAGUCCUGGUCAGCAUCAACAGCAGCAUCAUUCAGCACAACAUCAUAAGGACCGGCCGCGAAAUCUCGGUCGUGGUGUGUCCAAACCCAAGAAAAACACGGUAGCGUCGUUGCUCGCACAGAGCAGAGCGUUAGGGAUCAAACCCACGCCUCAAUUAGAUCCUAAUGUACCGUUGAGUCAUCAGGUAUCGCUGCUCAGAUCGAAUAUACUUGCGGCCCAGCUGCAUUCAUCGACACUUGGGCAUCACGACGACAAACUCUCGCGCUCGCUGCAAGAAAAAAUGAAGAACAAGUUAAUGGAUAUAACUGGUGAAGAAAAUAUGGAUGUGACAAGUGAAAGUGGAAGUAAUACCGACGUGCUUUCGGACACGGACGAGGAUAUCCUCGACGGUCCGAGCGCGAAGAAGCGCAAGCUCAAUUACAACGAGAAAGAUCUGCAAGCGCCGCUCGAACGAGGCUGGAAGCGUGAGACCGUGAUCAAGGGUCUCGGUAAGACAGGCUCGAUUAAGGGCGACGUGUCGUAUUACAGCCCCUGCGGGAAAAUCUUUAGGAGUAGCUCGGAAUUACUGAAAUUCCUAGACAUGCAAAAUCCAGCAGACUUGACAACUAUUAACUUCUCUUUUUCGUCGAGACCACUAGUCGGUGAAUUUCUUCAACCAACGAUGGGUCUUGCGGAAGCCGAAUUCGUUCGCCUCGGUGCUCAGGAGGUUGCGAGGCGACUCGAAGAACUCAGGGCAGCUGGUAGUUUUCGCGACGUCAGGGUUAACAACCAGUACGAGAGGGACAAACUUGCUUAUGCUAAGAAAUUAGCUAAAGAAGAGGCUCAGAGGCACAAGGAGCAGGCAAGGCUAUUAAAAGAACAAGAAAAAUCUGAAAGGCAAGAGGCCGUUCGUCGAGAGAGGGAGCUGCGAAAUCAACAGCUGCUCGAGGGUCGUAAGCGGCUAGCAUUCACGAUCAAGCAGAAGAUGAAGAUAAUCCAAGAGAUCGAGCGCGGCAAAAGCAAAAGCGACGUGGCUCGCGAGCUGGGCUUGGCUAGCAGCACCGUGGCUACGAUCUGGAAGAACCGCGAAAAUAUUGCCGAAAGUUGGAGGAAUCGCGACAUGAUGCAUUCCGAAUUGGACGUCGAGCAUGCCAAGAAGAUCGUUGCGCAUCAGCCGACCAGUCAGAAAGCUGCCGCUGCACUGACCACGCCGAUAAAGCAACAGCAACUUCCCAGCGAAUCCAGCCUUGUACCCAGCCAUCAACAACAGCAGCAGUCCACUGUGGAGAUGAUACAACAGGCACAGAGCCAGAGCCAAGAGAUGCUCGAGGCGCGGAAAAAACGCCAGGAAGAAGUGGACAGGAUCCGCAUUGAGGAGCAACAACGGAAGCAGCAGGAACGCGAAUUAAAGCGACAACAAGCGGUAAUACUAAAAGAGCAGAUGUACAUGCAGGAGCUCACCAAGCAGCGCGAGAUGCUCUACACCGUCGAGCUGGAACGGGAAAGGCGACGUCAACACAUGGCAUUGAUCCGAGCAUUAGAAAAUCGACGAAAAAUGGAAGAGCGAGAGAAGAAGAGAUUGGAAGCGAGAGCCGAAAGGAUAGCAUCGAAGGAGAAAAGAGCAGAACAGAGGAGAAUGGAGCUUGAACUCGUCGAGCAGAUUCGCAAACCAGUCGAGGAUAUGGAAUUGACGGAUCACAGGCCUUUGCCAGAGAUCAAGAGAAUACCUGGUUUGAGAUUGUCCGGACAGGCGUUCGCUGAUAUCGUCAUGGUUUUCGAGUUUCUGCACAACUUUGGCGAGACGCUUGGCUUUGACAUGGAGUCGCUGCCUAGUCUAAAGAGCCUGCAAGCGGCUCUGUUGAACGACGAGGAAGCUGAAGAAGAGAUGCUGUCAGUCAUGACGCACCUGUUGGUCUGUGCAAUCGAAGAUCCCGGAAUACCCCAUCCGGCACGCCACACGACCGGUCUCGGUCAGAGUCUUCGCCAAGCGGAUAUCACACACGCGAAUAUUAGUGAGGUACUGCGUAUCUAUCUGUACGCGAACGCGACCGGCGAAGUGAAGGCGCUGACGGGUGUGUGCCUGGAGCGCGAGAGAGACAAAAGGUUCGCUGAUCAUCAUCAGAACGGCGGCGACAACGCGCUUAACUGUUCCAGUAAGAAUGCACAGUUCUACGAGCAUCUGCACAACAACGAAACCUGGCGCAUGUCUGAGCGCCUGCGCGAUAAACCUUUCCUCGCGCUCAAUCCGACGCACAAGGCGCAGAUGCUCGCCUUCUUGUGUAACGAGCUGCUGCAGAACAAGGCUGUGAUUCGACAGAUCGAGACGAGUCUCGAAACCGUCGCUCAACUCAAAAAAGAGAGAUUUUUACUGGAUACGAAGAUCAGGAAACUCAGGCAAUUGCAUGGUAGAAAAGUCAGGAUGGAGGCCGUUGGCGUGGUUGUCAAUAAGACUGGUGAUACGAUUACGAUCGAGAAGAAGGACGUCGACGGGGAAGAGAGUAAUACCAACUCCACGGCUGUAAACACAACGCCGACGCCCGAUGAUCAGCAUCACGAGGAGGAGACGCAUGAAGAAGAAAUGUCCGAGAACGAGAGCGAGGGCACGCAGCCCGAAGAGGAGGAGGAUAAGAACUUGUCGGCAGAAGAACUUGGCAAGAAGCUUGAAAAAUUAUUGAAGCAAUCGGAAGAGCAGCUUCAAAAGCUCAAUGGAUCGUCGAAAGGACUCCGAGCUCAUGCUUUUGGUCAAGACCGAUAUUGGCGAAGGUACUGGGAAUUACCGUGUUCCGGUGGCAUAUUCGUUGAGGCGAUGGAAAGCACAGAACCUGAAGUUCUCGAGCUACAAGCAGAACUUGACGAAAAGUACAAAAAUAUGCCUGUCGAAGAGAAAGAGGAGCCGAUAUCCGAAGAAAAGGAUAUUAAGAAUAACGAGAAUCGUGAAAAUGAAGUUCCCAAUGACGUCAAAAUUGAGGAGAAGAAAGUCAAUUCGAUCAAAGAAGACGAGAAAGAAGACGAGGUGAAAAACGAUCACAAGAACACAGCUGAAGUCCUGAAGAAUAACUGUAUAUCCGAUGACUUGAAGAAUUCGUUAAUAAAGAAAGACGUCGAUCUAAUGGACAGUAAAACCAACGCAGAUUACGUUAAAAAAGAGACUGAAAUGGACGUCGAGAUGAAAUCAGACGAACCGAAAAAGGAUGAGAAUGGCGAUGAAGAAGAAACGAAACGUACCAUAAAGGCUGAGAACAAGAGUGUCGAGGCAGUAGCUAAUGGGGAUAAAUUCAAUCAUGUAAAUAACCUCCACAAUGGCAAAGAGCUAAAUGGAAAUUAUAUCACCGACAACGGAACGGAUACCUGGUUCUCCAUCAUCCCACGUGAAACAUGCGACACGCCAGGUACAAGUACAAAACAGAUCUUUGGCGUCGCUGAGCCAACAGAGCUGAAGAUCCCGAUAUUUCCACCACCUGCAAGUCCCAGCUAUGAUCGAUGCGACAGCCCUGCGCCACUCGUUCUAACGCAAGACGAAGCUACACAGCUCGAGUACCUAAAAGUGCAUGGUUUACCACCACCUGGUGAAGCGAAACCUGUGCCCAAAGAUCUGCGAUGUGGCUGGUGGAGAAUAACGGAGGUCGAAACCUUCAAUGAACUUCUUGAACAUCUGCAUUCACGUGGAGUGCGCGAGAAAGAAUUGAAACGCACGACGUGGGCGAUGAUGGAGUCGUUCCUUGCGGUGACGGGCAAAGUUCACGUAGAUCCAGGCAAUAUUACAGCCACAGACAUGUCAGAGGACGGUGAAACAGACCCGUCCGAUCCACCAAAAGCAGAUCAUCCAGACGAGUGGAGCGAACAGGUGGCGAUACGAGUAGAUGCACAACUGCUUGAGCAAGUGGAAGCUCUCGAAGACAAAGUCGCCAAUGCAAGUAUGCAGAUCAAAGGUUGGAAGUUGCCACCGAGGGCUGGUACCGAGGAGGCCGAGGAGCUCGAAAAGUUACACGAGCUGGAAAAGAUCAGUGCGGUGGAACAAGCACGGCAAAGAUUACUCUCGCUCGAGGCAGCUAUCGAGAGGAGAUAUCUCAAACCACCACUUGGAACUUGCGCGGGCGAUGCGAAUCUAGCAGCGCUAAAGGCAGAACAAGCGGCGGCAGCAAGCAGCACGAACAUCAAUAGCAGUGCAAAUUUGUCGACAGAAGGUGGCAGUUCACAACCAAGUUCAAUGGAGGAGACAACACCGCGAGGAUUGAACAAUUGGCGCGAGGCCACAGCCAGAGCACACACAUCAGCUCAACUGGCGAUGGCAUUGUACAUGCUCGAGGCGAGCAUCGCCUGGGAUAAGAGCAUCAUGAAGGCUGUGAGUCUAAACAACUCGGCUAGAAAGCCAGUCUGCGUCAAGCUACGAAAUCGCAGCGUCUCACUCAAAAGCGCUACUAAACAGCUAGUGUCUUCUACUCAGGCCUCUAACUGCCAAUUUUGUCAUAGCGGUGACAACGAAGACAAGUUAUUGUUAUGUGAUAGUUGCGAUCGCGGCUACCAUACUUAUUGUUUCCGUCCAAAAAUGGAAAAUAUUCCAGAUGGUGAUUGGUACUGUCACGAAUGUAUGAAUAAGGCGACAGGAGAAAGGAAUUGCAUAGUCUGCGGUAAACGAGUUGGCAAGAACUUGGUUCUUUGCGAACUUUGCCCUAGAGCUUAUCACACGGACUGCCAUAAUCCUGUUAUGCCAAAGAUGCCUCGAGGAAAAUGGUAUUGCUCGAACUGUCAUAGUAAGCAACCAAAGAAGCGAAAUAGCAGCAGAAAAAGUCACAAGGGCGAUAAGGCGGGAGGCACGCGAGACAGUGAAAGUUCCGAUCAUCCACCAGCUAGUCCAACGCCAUCAACAGCCUCAAACACGCAUAUAGAAGACGUAAGCUCAUCCGAGCCAGCAACACCAACAGCUUCACCAAGGAAAGAUGCCAAUUAUGGAAAAACAUUAACCAAGAAACAACAACGCGAACUUGCACCCUGUAAAAUUUUGCUCGAACAGUUAGAAAACCAAGACGAUGCCUGGCCAUUCCUCUUGCCUGUUAACACCAAGCAAUUCCCCACCUAUAAGAAAAUUAUCAAGAUUCCUAUGGAUCUCAGUACGAUCAAGAAGAAAUUACAAGAUUGUGUAUAUAAAUCACGCGAGGAUUUUUGCGCAGACGUACGGCAGAUGUUUAUAAACUGCGAAGUGUUCAACGAAGAUGAUAGUCCGGUAGGCAAAGCGGGCCACGGGAUGCGAAAUUUCUUUGAGGCACGCUGGACUGAGAUAACCGGAGCACCGCCACCACUACACCCACAGACGCAUAGCUGAGGCUCAGCUCGCAUUCGUAGCGGCUGUAAUAGUUUUGCACACUUUUAUUACUAAAAACAAAAACAAACAAUGCUGUCAUAAUAGCAUGGAUCCUCAUGACGAUCGCGUUAUAGCGAUCCACCUUAUUAUUCUGUAUUUUCUCUUCUUUAAUUUCUCGAUCCGGCCUAAAGCACUCGAUACAACUCGAGAUUUGACGUUACGUUUUAUUCUUUGUCUAGUUUGAAAAGUAUUUUUUAUAAUACUCAUUAUUGCGUUUUCAUUAAUGUUAAGUUUUUUUUCUCUUUUAAUUAACAAACAGUCUUUUUCUUUGGUAUUAUAUUAAAUGAGGAUCGGUCGAUGUACUUAAACGAAAAUAUUUUGCCUAAGCAAUUCAACCGUGAUUACACAAAAUUGUAUUAUAUAGGCUUAGUGUCACAGAGUCAUUGGGGAAAAAAUAUUUUACAAAAUAACGAAUGUGAGAUAAGAGAGAUAAAAAAGAUAUAUUAUACCUAGAAAACGUGUAUAGAGAUCACAAUAUUAUUAUGUAAAAUGUAAAAACAAAUCGCAGUUUAACGCUACAUUAACAGAAUGUAUGUAUACACAAUUUCUAGAUAAAGUCAAACGAAUUUUAUCUGACACGAAAUAACAAGUUUAGAAGCAAAUUACACGCCAUUCCAGAAUUCACUCGUAUAUCUUUCCAUAUUGCACACUCGAGUGCAGCGGAACUCGUUGAUUCAAGUGUACACGCAUAGUGAAAGUAUUGAAGAGUCAUGAAAAAACUCAUGAACAAAGCAUAAAUAAAAAAAGACAUUAUUCGAAACAUCAUCAAUUAUCAGUAUUUUAAGGUGUAGAUUAAUAAGCGGAUUCGCACGUAAAGAUGUGUUUUUUGCAACCGACGGGAACUCUACGAAAGUUCAAACUGUACAUAAACAUAGCGAAUGGUGAAGACACUGAUGUUUUGCGAAGCUUAUCUAAUAAUAACUAUUGAUGCUGUGAAUGGAUUUUAAAUAGAGGACAAAUUUGAUAAUCCGGUACUUUUUACUACGAAGAUACAAAAAAUUACAAAAAAUAACUACUAAAAAUGAUGAUAUGGUGAAUGCUCCGCUUUUCAAUGUGUAGUGUAAAUACGAUUUUAUAACGAAUUUUUUUAAUUCUGAGCUCGCCGUUUCACAUUAAGGCUCGCGAAGAAGUGGCAUUAUGAAUGUUUCACACGUGGUGCAAACAUACUAAUCGCAUUUUAGAUUUAAUUGUAAAAAAUUCUCUCCUGUAAUGCAACAUAAUGUCGAUAUAGUAAUAAGUUCAAAAAAAUCACUUAUGUACACUCAUAGGUCGAGUUUUUAGGUGAAAAAAGGAAUUGUCUUGUAUUUUAUAUAGCUUUUUUUAGCUUUUACGCGUCUCUUGCUUUCUAUUUAUAACAACGUAAAUUAGUUUAUUUUGAUGUUUCUCUUAACUUCAAUUUAUAACGUCUUUUCGAAUGAAAAUUUUCAAGUAGUUUUACCUUGGCCCAGCUCAUCUUAAGCUUACAUGUGAUUUAUGUAAACUUUGUAAAUUUUCAACAGUAUAUCGUCGUUCCACAGUUUUUAACAGCUAAUAUCGCAUAAUUACUUAAUAUGCAUGAAUUUGAGCAUAAAAGACGUUGAAAUAAAUUGUUUUAUGUAAUUGAUGUAAAAAUGAUUUUCAAUUCCACCUGUAAUAAUAAUAUUGAUAACAGCGCUCGUAGAUAUCAUGAGAUAUCUACAUUCGUAAAAAUAAGCCACGAAGCCAAUCAAAGUUGUGGCAAAUGUAAAGUGAGAAAAAUAAUGUUUUUCCGUUCAAAGUCAUUAGAUUUCAUAUUCACGUUUCGCCAAUUUAUUCAUAGCAAUAAUUUUAGUAUCGAUUCACAGUAAUAAUUUUAUAUUUAAAAAAGAAAUGUGAACAACUGAAAGAUAGACUUUUUUUCGUCUAGCAUAAUUUAUUUAUUAUUUUCUUUUUGUAAAAUAAAAACGUUGUCUUAGAUAUGAACAGUAUUUCGUCAAUUCAAAUUUUCAAAAAGUGCAUGUGUAAACAAUACCUUAGAGUGCUGUGAGGCACUUCCAUCUCCCCCGUCGAUGAUAAACUAAACUAAUUUGUUAUAAUUUGAGAGAAAUAUACUUUAGCUAAAUCGUUGGUUCGCGAAAUAACGACGCUUUUUAUAAAAUUUUAAUUUUUGAUGCGACCUUACAAUACAUUAAAUAGUGUAAUAUUAAUUACUAGAAGAAGAAAAAAGAAAUCCGAUUGCAUGAAUUUCUCGACGCAAAUAUGUAAAAGUGGAAAGAGAUGUUGUGCAGACGAAGCAAACGAUGAAUUUAGAAGUAAAUCAUCAUGAUUGUCUAUAGUUUCAAGGAUGGCUUACACUAGGUAGCCUGUCAUUGCUAUUUAAACAGACUUAUUGUAUUGCAAACAAAUUAAUAAAAUGUAAGCGAAGCGUG